AUGAAGCUGGAGAACCGUUCGACGUUGGUUGCAGGUGCUGUGUCCAUCACACCUCCCUCUCUCCCUCUUUCCCUCUCCUUUCCCUCCUUCUUUCCCCCUCAUGCCAUACCUUCCUUGCCCCACUUCUACACCCAUGUUCCCCUCCCGUGUGCCCUCCAUCUCUCUCCUCCUUUUGAGCCGCCUCAAAAGCCAUCUUUCCCUGCUCCGUGCGUGCACUCCAUCUCCCUCCGCCUCGUCUCUUUGCCUACCUCCUCAGCCUCGCACAAUCAAUUUUCCCUCUGCACUCCAUCGCCCCUCUCCACUCCAUCGCCCCUCUCCACUCCAUCACCCCUCCCCACUCCAUCACCCCUCUCCACUCCACCAUCACCACUCUCCACUCCAUCAUCGUCCCUCUCCACUUCAUCAUCGCCCCUCUCCACUCCAUCAUCGCCCCUCUCCACUCUCCAUCGCCCCUCUACGUUCACCUGCAGACAGCGGGCGUUCUUCGUGGCACUCCUCGCCUUUGACACCCUCGCCAACCGCUCCUCAGGACCUCUCGAGGCGCCGGCAUGGGAUGAUGCUGUGAACGGGUGGACAGACCUGCGACUGGCAGCUCAAGUCACGUACCGCCCCGCCUCCUCCUCCCACCAGGUGCUCUCCUCUCAGACACAUGGUGUUGAGUAUGGUUGCAUUGCAUGGCCCAAGCACCUCUGCCCUUUCGCUCUCUCCCCUGCCCGCACCCCUUCCAUGUUGGAUGCGCCUCAAAAUUCGCCUGCGCCCCAUGCAAACACCCUUGCCCUCUCUCUCCCCGCCCCCCUUCCCCGUCCACUUGACCUGUCGCCCUUCCCCGGCCCCUACGUGCUCUCUCUGCAUCUGCUCUUCUCCAACGCGUGUCAGACCCGCACUUCUCUCAGCAACGCCUACAACCCCGGCUUCCAGAACUAUCAUCUGGUGGCCCUCCGCAAGCUGCAAGUCACCAGCCCCCAGCCGUACUCCCCAGACGCACUCAGAAGGAGCCUCCCCUGGUGCACAGCUGCCCUGCUGCGCUCGUCUGGCAACGAGGGCUAUUGGAAGGACCAGCAGUGGCGCCCCCACGCGUGCCGCCUCAAGGCCGUGCAGCCCUACGGUGCUCUCCGCUGCUUCCACCGCAAGCAGCGCGUGCUGCUCAUGGGUAGGGAGGGGUGCUCAUGGCCCGCCCUAUUCCUCUCUCAACCAACCUACGUGGCACCUGUCUCUACCUUUCUGCGCAUGUGCCGCCAUAUCUGCCCCCCACAGGGCAUCCACGGGUUUCACGGGUUUCCCCAGGUGUGGAGCCCCUUCAAUGAGAGCGAGGGGAGUGGAGGCGAGCAGCUGUUGCGCAUGCGUGUGCGCGGACCCCAUUUUGUUAACACCUUCUACCUCGGCUCGCUCUAUAACGGCUUUGUGCGCGCCAGCCGCCCAGACACACCCUUCCGACUCGUCGCCUUUGGCGCCUCCCUGCACGAUCUCACCACAUCGAACUCAACACAGGACUACAGAAGCGCGGCAACCUCGCACCUGCUGCCCAGCUUGCGGAGGCACUUGCAGGACGCGCGGCGGGUGACCUUCUUUGGCCCGUGGGCAGCGAGAGAGGACAUCAAGCCCCGCUGGAUCAUCAACAAAAGCAACAACGUGCGCGGCAUGGCCUUCGAGGAGGAAGCUUCCAGGUGGGUGGCACUUCAGGGAAAGUUUUCAUAA